GUAUAUGCGCAAUAACAGAUUGCCCAAACCACUCCCUCAACUCUAGGGCUUUUUCCAAGUUCCAAUCCUCUCUCUCUGAGCUUCGCUAGAUAAUCUCUGAACCAAUCGGACGGUCCAGAAACAAUGGAUCUGGAGGUAGUGGGGCGCCACACGCUGCUCUUCGACGACGACGCCACCGCCGCCUUUAUAAACUCGAGCGACGCGCUCGUCGAGUGGAACUCGCUCUCCAUCGACCGCUACGACGUUCGCCACCUCCUCUCCAAUCCUCCGCCGCCACGUAAGCCCCGCCGCCACCACUCCGACGAUCCCUCGCUCGAGUCGGAGCUCGAUCACGAACGCUACCUCGAUUUACCCUCAUCGUCUGGUGAUGAAUACGAGCAAGAUAUACAAGGUGGUGCCAAACCAGUGGAUGCUGGUGGCUAUCGUGCUGUUGCCUUUUCAUAUGGGAACACUUAUGAGUCGACUGUGGAAAAGAAUAAUGAUGCUGAGUUUGGUUUUCAUCCGCCCUUUCAAGUACCGGAGAGCUUACUUCAAAACCUACCAUCAACAGAGAAGGUACAUCAGAUCAUUGCAAGAACUGCUAUGUUUGUUAGCGAACAUGGUGGGCAGUCAGAAAUUGUUUUGAGGGUCAAACAGGGGGACAACCCUACAUUUGGGUUUUUGAUGCCUAAUCAUCGUCUCCAUGCCUACUUUCGGUUUCUUGUUGAUCACCAAGAACUUCUCAAGCCUGACAGUGGUGGCAAAUCUCUCGCAGAAAAGGACAAUGCUGAGAGUGGGAUCAAUCAGACUGGUGGUGCUUUGUCUAUUCUUGGUUCUGUAUACGCAGAGGAUGAGGAUGAUGCAACUGAGGAUCUUCCUGAAUCUAAGAGAAAUGAAUCUGAGGAAGCGGUUGAUGUUGGUAAUGCAACUGUUUCUCUUGGAUCAGAACAGGCUGAAUCUUCUGUAAAUGUGGCUGGGAAAGACGAGAUAGUUGCCAAGGUUUCAGAUUCUAUUUUGAAAGAAAAAGCUCCUAUCAUAAAACGAAAUCGUUUCAUCAGUACAGUUGGAACUACAAGCGCGAUUAAAAAAGAAAGCGAUGCCUUGAGUGCACUUUCAAUUGCUGGUGACAAGUCACUGGCAUCCUUGCCGAGUAUGUCCAAGGUUGAACCACCUAUUGUGGAGCCUUCAUCUGAUUUAAAGAGAGUGGUUGACAAGAUAGUUGAGUUCAUCCUGAGAAAUGGUAAAGAAUUUGAAGCUGUUCUUGUGGAACAGGAUAAAAAACAUGGAAGAUUUCCAUUCCUCCUGCCAUCUAAUCAAUAUCAUCCUUAUUAUUCAAAAGUUCUUAAAGAAGCUCAAGAGUCUAAGUUACCUGGCAAGGGCUCUGUUUCUGAGAAGCAUGAUUCAAUGGGGCAUGGGGUGGACAAGAAAACUGCUCUAUCGAAAGAAGGUGAUACUCUGUCCGGAGGAUCUGCUGGUCAUGAUAUACCAUAUAAUUAUGACAGGAAAGAGAAGUUUAAGAUGGUAAUUGGCAAGUCAAAAAAGGAGGGGCAGGAUCCGCUUUCUAAAGCCACUGAGCCACAAAUUGAUGCAGCUUCUACUGCAGCAAUUCUUCAGGCUGCCACGAGGGGCAUUAAGAAUCCUAGUUUCGAAUUUUUUCCUAAGACAUCAUCAAAUGGUAUUGGUCAAGCCCCUAGCACUGAGGAUGGGCGUACGUCAAGCUUUGGGAGUCUCCUUUCAUCUCAACCUCCAAGUUCCAUUUCAAAGCCGGAUGAAAAGGGGGAUCCAAGUGUUUCUGUCCCUGUUGCCAAGGCUAUUGCAGAGACAGCUGCUAUUGCAGCUGCAAGUGAGGCUGACUCCUCUGAAGCAUGCUUGACAAGAGAGCAGAAGCUGAAGGCUGAGAGAUUGAAACGGGCAAAGAUGUUUGCAGCCAUGAUAAAAGGUGGAGCUGCAACAUUGAAAACAGAACCAUCGCGUGGCUUAUCAGCAGAACCACUGGGGUCUGGGAUUUCUGGAUCAGGUGCUGAUGUUGAAAAUUUUGUGGGCAAAGAAAGAGAAGGCAGUUCAGUUCCAAUGGAUGUUGAUAGUCCAGAUAAGAUUGAGAAGUCUGAAAAGAAAAUUUCUGUUGAUGAGUAUAAUGAACGUCGAUCCAAGAGAAGUUACCGAUCUAAAAGACAUGAAGAAGAAGAGGAGGAGGAAGUAGAGGAAGGAGGAGAAGAAGAAGAAGAGGAGGAAGAUAAGAGGAGUCACAAGCACUCCAGGAAGAAGCACCGAUCUCAUCGGUCAUCACACCGCAGUAGGGACAGGCAUAAGCACAGGAAAAGACAUUCUCCUUCUGAGGUCUCAGAUUCUAGACAUCAGCAUAAGUAUUACGAUGACUCUUUCGAUGACGAGUAUAGGCACUCUCGACGUCGGCAUAAGCUUGAUACUCCCUCCGAUGACGAGCAUCGGCAUUCUCGACACCGUCGUAGACAUGAUGAUAGCUCUUCCGAUGAUGAGCAUCGGCAUUCUCGACGUCAGCGUAAGCAUGAUAGCUCUGAUAAUGGGCAUGAACACCGAAGCAGAUCUGCCAAGUAUGGGAAAUCUCAUUCUGAAAAAGAAGUAGACUUGGAAGAAGGGGAGAUCGUUACAAGAUCAGAUCAAUCGAAAGCUAGUCAGGGAGAUGGUGCUAGUCGAGAAGCUUCUGUUGAAUUAUCAAAAUCCUAUCAAGAUGGAAGGGCCCCAUCUCAACAGCCCACUGAAACCACUGAGGUUUCUGAUGAUCUUAGAGCCAAGAUCCGAGCCAUGUUGAUGGCAACCUUGUAAGAAGCACCCUCUGCAUUUUAAUUUUCUUGGUUUGUAAUGCUAAAAGUUUUUGAUGAAUUUAUUAUCUUUCUUUCUUA